UGCCCCACCAGGGGAGGAGGGAGAGGAGGAGGGCAACCCCUGCUUUUAUUUUUAUGUUCUGAUGGCCGCAGUUAAGCCCAAAAACACAAUCGCUGCCGAGGAGCCUUCGAGCCAAACUCUUGUUUUGUGUGCUGGUGAGGAGCGGAGGAACUAAAGGCGCGGGACUGCUGAGGUGCCCUCCGCUUUGCUUUUCCAUUGUUUGAAAAGGGGAAGGGCUAAGAAAGAGCAACCAAAACAAAACCAGAACAAGUGAAAUCCUCUCGGGUCGUCUGCGGGAACGCACUUUACGCACAAAGGGAGCACGCAGUCACACUCUGAUGUUGGAUCACCUCGACGGCGUGACUGCCCUUGUUGGUGUCAUCUCUUCAGGACUCGCUGUGAUCAUGAGUCGUGGCUGAAACCAAACAAAAACAAACUUCGAAGCUCUGAAAACCUCGCGGAUCCUGCGGCAUGGGCUCGAAACAGAGCAGCCCGGCGCUUGACGGCAGAACUCGGGCUUACUCCAGCUCCGACCUCCCCGUUUCUGGGAGCUCCGGUGCAGCUGAAAGGAUCGCAGGGUUUAGGUACACAAACGGACCCGACGGGCCCCGGAUCCGCUACAUGGGUGAAGGACCAGCCAACCCCGGGCUGAGUAUCCCGGCCGGUGCAAGGUCAGGGUCGCACAGUCAGAGCCUGGAUGAUGGAGACGGUGAUGAGGGCCAGCUGGGCCCUGACGCGCACAGGUUACUCAUCGGGUCACUACCUGCUCACCUGUCCCCCCGCCUGCUGGGAGGGUUCCAUUGUCCUGUUUGCUCCAAGUUCAUGGAAGCAGAUGAAAUAGAGAAGCACCUGCUUGUGUGUUUCAGCAAAACACACCUCACCUAUAACAAGGACAUCCUGUCCAGAGACUCUGGGGAAUGUGCCAUCUGUCUAGAGGAGCUGGAGCAGGGGGACACCAUUGCCAGACUGCCUUGUCUCUGUAUCUACCACAAAGGGUGCAUUGAUGAAUGGUUUGUGGUGAACCGGUCAUGUCCAGAGCAUCCUGCAGACUAGCAGCUCCUGUUCAUCACCAUAAUCCCAAAGCUGUCUGAUCCAGCUCUCCUCAGGGACUCAAGACAUUAUAAUGACCUUUUUUUUUUUAUCGUGGCCUAACAACACACUGAUGGACCUUCUUCAUAUGAUGUGACGUUGAUAGAACCACUGAUGGAGACAUGGGGUCUCUUCUAUUUGUGAACUCUCCAUGCGUCGUGUGUUGAAGCGAGCGUGUGACACCGGAGCCUGAUCCAGUCUUGGGGAACUGGGUGUGGUUUUACAGCUCGGAGCCUGCAGAUCCAGUAUGGUGUGUGGAAAUUUAGGCUAAGUGACCGAAUUUGGUCAGAGUGAGGAUGUUGUGCAAUAUGAAAACCAGCCAAAUGGAACCGAAUAAACCAAGCCUUUUGUCAGCUUUAAGGGAUGAUUGCUGUGGUGAUGGUAGUCGGAGAAUAGAUUAGAACUUUAUCCCACGUCAGCUACCAUGACUGUUUGUUAAUCAAUCAUGUCUUAAACCAAAUCUUCUAACAGGAGAAAGGUGAACUCAUCAUUCACUGGGUCAUUCAUUACCACAGUGAUGCGGUUAAUUAGUCAUGAAAUGAAAAAAAUAUAACUUUUAGACAUAUCUAAUGAUCAUUUAGACUCUCUCUCUCUAGGGAGUGCCACAAUGUGCUGCUAUGUCGUCAGACUGGAACGUUUUUUCUUUAACCUUUAUACUAUCUUUUUCUUCUUUGAUUGUACUGCAGUAAAUUGCACAAUAAGUGUUUUUUCUUCGUGUUUUUCCACUAUUAGAAUUGUACACCCACACUUUAAAUAAAAUAACGUCUCUAAAUCUAA